GCCUUAACGACCAGCCUGUCUGUCACCCUCCGGUCUCGUCGUCACCUUCAUUGUUUCUCAAAAUUCAUUCACAAUUAUCUUGAUUUUCAAUGGCUUCUUCGAGUUCCUUUGGGAGCUCAAUUCCCGCUCCAGAGGCCGUUCAAGUUCUCAUCUCAUCGCUAGCGGAUGAAUCACCGAUGGUUAGAGAAGCCUCCAUGGCUUCUCUUAAAGAUAUUUCUCCACUGAAUCCUCUCCUCGUCCUUGACUGUUGUUCUGCUAUUUCUAGAGGUGGCCGUCGGAGGUUUGGUAAUAUGGCUGGAGUUUUUCAAGUGAUGGCAUUUGGAGUUCGAGCUCUAGAUAAAAAGGACAUUGAUGCUUCUUAUAUUGCCAAGCUUGCCAAAAUUGCCACUGCCGAGAUUAUCUCUUCCAAGGAACUCAACGCAGAUUGGCAAAGAGCAGCAGCAGGUCUACUUGUUUCUAUAGGCUCACAUCUGCCUGACCUUAUGAUGGAAGAAAUAUUUCUUCAUUUGUCAGGACCAAGCUCAGGUUUGCCAGCUAUGGUUCAAAUACUUGCUGACUUUGCUUCUGCUGAUGCUUUUCAGUUUACUCCACGUUUGAAAGGUGUACUUUCACGAGUUCUACCUAUCAUUGGAAAUGGAAGAGAUUCCCACCGGCCAAUUUUUGCAAAUGCUUUCAAGUGCUGGUGUCAAGCAGUAUGGCAAUAUAACAUUGAUUUCCCUUCAGACUCUCCCAUUGAUGGUGAUGUCAUGUCAUUUUUAAAUUCAGCUUUUGAACUUUUAUUGAGAGUUUGGGCUGCUUCACGAGAUCUUAAGGUUCGGGUAUCUUCUGUGGAAGCCUUAGGCCAGAUGGUUGGCCUUAUCACCCGCUCACAUUUAAAGGCAGCUUUACCAAGACUUGUCCCUACCAUAUUGGAGUUGUAUAGAAAGGAUCAAGAUAUUGGACUUAUUGCAACCUAUAGUCUAUAUAAUCUGCUAAAUGCUUCCUUACUUUCAGAAACUGGCCCUCCUUUGCUUGAUUUUGAGGAGCUCACAGUUAUAUUAUGCACACUCCUCCCUAUCAUCUGCGUGAAUAAUGACAGCAAAGAGCAUUCAAAAUUUUCUGUGGGACUGAAGACAUACAAUGAAGUACAGCGUUGCUUUUUGACGGUUGGCUCUGUAUACCCCGAGGAUUUAUUUUAUUUUCUUCUGAAUAAAUGUAGAUUAAAGGAAGAACCUCUAACUUUUGGCGCCCUCUGUGUUUUGAAGCAUCUUUUGCCCAGGUCAUCUGAAGCUUGGCACAAUAAGAGGGCUUUGCUAGUGGAUACUGUAAAAUUCUUGCUAGAUGAGCAAAAUUUAGGCAUCCGAAAGGCUCUCUCUGAGUUGAUUGUGGUGAUGGCUUCACAUUGUUACUUGGUUGGGCCAUCCGCAGAAUUGUUUAUCGAAUAUCUUGUACGCCAUUGUGCUUUAUCAGAACAUGGAAAAAUUGAUCUUGAAAGCUCCCAGGUGAACACAAGGCCAACUUCUCGAAUGGAAUUAAGAGCAAUAUGUGAAAAAGGUCUUCUUCUUGUAACUAUCACAAUUCCCGAAAUGGAGCACAUUCUUUGGCCAUUUCUGUUGACAAUGAUCAUUCCUCGGGCUUAUACUGGUGCAGUUUCCACGGUAUGCAGAUGCAUUGCAGAAUUAUGCAGACAUAGAUCUUAUAACAAUAAUAUAGUUGAUGACUGUAAAUCUCGCAGCGAUAUUCCAAAUCCUGAGGAGCUGUUUGCACGCUUAGUGGUUCUUCUGCACAAUCCUUUGGCAAGGGAGCAGCUGGCAACUCAGAUUUUGAAAGUCCUCUGUCAUUUGGCACCUCUGUUUCCAAGAAACGUCGACAUGUUUUGGCAAGAUGAGAUUCAAAAAUUGAUGGCUUAUAUUAGUGACCCAGAAGAUCUCAAGUUGAAUCCUUCCUAUCAAGAGACCUGGGAUGACAUGAUAAUCAACUUUCUGGCAGAAUCUUUGGAUGUGAUUCGCGACAAUGAUUGGAUGGUUUCUCUGGGAAAUGCUUUUACCAAGCAAUAUGCACUUUAUACACCUGAUGAUGAACAUUCAGCAUUCCUUCAUCGAUGCCUGGGUAUGCUUCUUCAGAAAGUUAAGGACAGGGAUUAUGUUUGUGGAAAAAUUGACUGGAUGUACAAGCAAGCAAAUAUUGCUGUUCCGACUAACAGGCUUGGUUUAGCAAAAGCCAUGGGAUUGGUUGCAGCAUCCCACUUGGAUACGGUGCUGGAUAAGCUGAAAGAGAUUCUCGAUAAUGUUGGGCAAAGCAUAUUCCAAAGGUUUUUAGCUUUAUUCUCCGGAAAUUAUAGAACAGAAGAAUCUGAUGAUGUACAUGCUGCUUUGGCUCUGAUGUAUGGGUAUGCUGCGAGAUAUGCUCCAUCAACGGUUAUUGAGGCCAGAAUAGAUGCACUUAUUGGAACUAACAUGCUUUCACGACUUCUUCAUGUACGUCACCCUACAGCAAAGCAGGCUGUUAUUACAGCUAUUGAUUUACUAGGUUGUGCUGUCGCUAAAGCUGCUGAAAAUGGUGCUCCAUUUCCAUUGAAAAGAAGAGACAUGUUGCUUGACUAUAUUUUAACCUUAAUGGGUCGAGAUGAAACUGAUGGUUUUUCUGAUUCCAGUCUUGAACUUCUGCACACCCAAGCUCUUGCUUUGAAUGCCUGUACCACCUUGGUUUCUGUGGAGCCAAAGUUGACAAUUGAAACAAGAAAUCAUGUUAUGAAGGAAACCUUGGGGUUCUUCACUUUGCCAAAAGAUCCCAUAGAUGUUAUCAAUCCCCUUAUUGAUAACCUUAUCACUCUCCUAUGUGCUAUUCUUCUCACAAGUGGAGAGGAUGGAAGAAGCCGAGCUGAGCAGCUAUUGCACAUAUUGAGGCAAAUUGAUCAGUAUGUUUCUUCAACUGUUGAUUAUCAAAGAAGAAGAGGUUGCCUUGCAGUGUAUGAGAUGCUUGUCAAGUUCCGAGUGUUCUGUGUUAGCGGCUAUUGUGAGUUAGGCUGUCAUGGUAGCUGCGCACACAGCAAGCAAAUUGACCGUAUGAAUGGAAAUUUUUCCAACUUACCUUCGGCAUUUGUAUUGCCAAGUCGUGAAGCUCUGUCUUUGGGAGAUAGAGUUAUAACAUAUCUUCCACGCUGUGCAGACACUGAUUCUGAAAUUAGAAAAAUUUCUGCUAAGAAUAUUGAUCAACUCUUCAGCAUAUCUCUUUCACUCCCAAAGCCACUGGGUUCUAGUGUUUAUGGCGAUAUAGAGUUAUGCUAUGUUGCUUUAUCCUCCCUUGAGGACGUUAUAGCCAUCUUGAGAAGUGAUGCUUCAAUCGAUCCAUCAGAGGUUUUUAACAGAAUUGUUGCUUCUGUCUGUACCCUUUUGACGAAGGAUGAGCUUGUAGACACACUGCAUUCUUGUAUGCCAGCUAUUUGUGACAGAAUCAAGCAGUCAGCUGAAGGGGCUAUCCUAGCUGUUAUUGAGUUUGUAACAAAGCGAGGGACUGAGCUGAGUGAAACUGAUGUUUCAAGAACCGCUCAAUCUUUGCUCUCAGCUGCAGGGCAUGUUACUGAGAAGCAAUUACGUUUUGAAGUUCUCGGAGCUAUAUCCUCUCUAUCUGAAAACACAAAUGCAAAAAUUGUCUUUAAUGAAGUAUUGGCAGCUGCCGGAAGGGAUAUUGUUACGAAAGAUAUAUCUAGGUUACGUGGUGGCUGGCCAAUGCAAGAUGCAUUCCACGCAUUUUCCCAACAUACUGUGCUAUCAGUUUUGUUCUUAGAGCAUCUGAUCUUCGUCCUUAAUCAGACUUGUGUCACUAAAAGUGAUCAUGGAAAAGGAGAGAAUUCUAGUCUCCUUUCUGAAACUCAAUUGGAGGAUGAAAUUCUGCAAGCUGCUAUUUUUGCCCUUACUUCCUUCUUUAGAGGUGGUGGUAAAAUUGGAAAGGGAGCUGUUGAACUGGGCUACUCUUCAGUUCUUGCUGCACUUGUACUGCAACUUGGAAGUUGUCAUUGUCUUGCUGCCUCUGGUCGACAUGAACCGCUACAUGCACUUUUAACUGCAUUUAAGGCAUUUUGUGAAUGUGUUGGAGACCUUGAAAUGGGAAAGAUUUUGGCAAGAGACAGUGAGCAAAAUGAAAAGUGGAUUAAUCUUAUUGGAGAUUUAGCUGACUGCAUUUCUAUGAAGAGACCAAAAGAGGUAGAGAAUAUAUGCAAAAAUUUCACGAAAUCAUUGAACCUCCAAGAAAACUUUCGACGGGAAGCUGCAGCAGCUGCGGUAUCAGAGUUUAUUCACCACAGUAGUGGGUUUAGCUCCCUGUUGGAAGAGAUGGUGGAAGUGUUGUGCCGGCAUGUCUCGGAUGAAUUUUCAACGGUUAGAUGCCUUUGUCUAAAAGGAUUGGUGAAGAUACCAUCUGCUCAUAUCGACCAAUAUACAAGUCAAGUUCUGGGUGUAAUCUUAGCAUUGCUCGACGAUUUGGAUGAAUCAGUGCAAUUAACUGCAGUUUCAUGCUUACUGAUGAUUCUUGAGUCAUCACCCAAUGAUGCUGUUGAGCCCAUUUUGCUUAAGCUGUCUAUUCGGCUUCGGAAUCUACAGAUAUCCAUUAAUGUAAAGAUGCGGGCAGAUGCCUUUGCAGCAUUUGGAGCACUUAGCAACUAUGGAGUUCAGGCACAUAAAGAUGCUUUUCUUGAGCAGAUACAUGCUACACUACCACGCUUGAUACUGCACCUUCACGAUGAUGACCUUUCCGUUAGACGCACCUGCCAUAACGCCCUCAAGCAGUUCGCCCCGUUAAUGGAGAUAGAAGGGUUGCUGCCAUUAUUCAGUUCCUACAGUAUUAAGUCCGACAAUCGAAGUGAUUACGAGGACUUUUUAAGAGAUUUUACGAAGCAAUUUCUGCAGAAUCUUCCCUCCAGAGUCGAUACUUACAUGGUGUCAAACAUUCAGGCUUUUGAUGCACCUUGGCCGAUAAUCCAAGCAAAUGCUAUUUAUGUUUCCGGCAGCAUACUCUCUGUUUCAGACGAUCGACACAUUUUAGCUCUUUACUACUCACAGGUGUUCGGGAUGUUGGUUAGCAAGAUGAGUCGUUCAACAGACGCCGUCGUUAGAGCUACGAGCUCUUCGGCCUUCGGUUUGUUACUUAAAUCAACUAACUCGGUUCCCUGGAGAGCAGCCAGACUUGAACGAUUAGACGGCACCACAAAGGACCAGCCGGACUUGAACGAACAAACUCUGCCGGAAAGGGUCAUGAUUUGACUCCGUAAAAAAAGAACAGCAAAAGCACUUUUAUAAGUUGUAUGAUCAUCGCGUCGAACAUCGUCUUUUCGACCUGUGUCCAUUCCAAAUGCAAGCUCGAUUCGGUUCACGAGCUACAAGAGACUAACUGAUUUGCUGAGAAGGGAUGAAAUGAAGACAAAUUGUGAAAUUCGGACAGGAUUCUUAAGCAUCAACUCAGUGUCAAUAGU